UUUGCUCUUCGCUUUCACUUCUGUGGAGGAAACAAAUCCUGCUUAAAUCACUACACAAACAAGAAAAAAAGCAUUGAAAAAAUGGCUUUGAAGCUAAAUGCCUUUAACUUUCAAUCUCACAAGUAUUCUUCUUCUUUUGUUCAUCCACCUAUGCUAAGUCUUAGAUCUCCCAAGUUUUUCAUGGCUGCAAGUCUUACUUCUGGUACAAAGGAGGUUGAGAACCUGAAGAAACCCUUUUCUCCUCCUCGUGAGGUUCAUGUUCAAGUAACACACUCUAUGCCGCCUCAAAAGAUUGAGAUUUUUAAAUCUCUAGAGGGGUGGGCGGAGCAAAAUUUAUUGACUCUCCUGAAACCAGUGGAGAAAAGCUGGCAACCACAGGAUUUCCUGCCCGAUCCUGCGUCUGAUGGAUUUCAUGACCAAGUCAAGGAAUUGAGGGAGAGGGCUAAGGAGCUUCCAGAUGAUUAUCUUGUUGUUCUCGUUGGGGAUAUGAUCACUGAAGAAGCCCUUCCAACAUAUCAGAGUAUGAUAAAUACCUUGGAUGGUGUUCGUGAUGAAACUGGCGCAAGCCCUACUUCUUGGGCCAUUUGGACAAGAGCUUGGACUGCCGAAGAGAACAGGCAUGGUGAUCUCCUCAACAAGUAUCUUUACCUUUCCGGACGAGUUGACAUGAGAGCAAUUGAGAAAACAAUUCAAUACUUGAUUGGAUCUGGAAUGGAUCCUAGGACAGAAAACAGUCCAUACCUAGGAUAUAUUUACACCUCAUUCCAGGAAAGAGCAACUUUUAUCUCCCAUGGGAACACAGCUAGAUUUGCUAAGGAGCAUGGAGACAUCAAGCUGGCUCAAAUCUGUGGCACGAUUGCUGCAGACGAGAAGCGUCAUGAGACAGCCUAUACCAAGAUUGUUGAAAAGCUUUUCGAGAUCGACCCUGAUGGCACUGUGCUAGCAUUUGCUGAUAUGAUGAGGAAAAAGAUAGCAAUGCCAGCACACUUGAUGUACGAUGGUCGUGACGAUAACCUGUUUGAUCACUUCUCAGCAGUUGCUCAACGUCUCGGCGUCUACACUGCUAGUGACUAUGCAGAUAUACUGGAGUUCCUUGUUGGUCGAUGGAAAGUGUCUGGUCUUACUGGAUUAUCAGGAGAAGGAAGGAAAGCUCAGGAAUACCUAUGCGGGUUGACAGCAAGAAUCAGAAGACUGGAAGAGAGAGCUCAAGUGAGGGCAAAACAAGGACCAAUCAUGCCAUUUAGCUGGAUAUAUGACAGAGAGGUGCAGCUCUAAGUUGCAGAAACAAGGUUGUUUGCUUUCUCUCUCCAGCAAAUAGGAGGGAAUCUUCUAUUAUAGAUAGUGUGUUCAAAUCUCUUUUUAGAGUCUUUGCAAUUCAUUGUUAUUGUUCCUUUUGCUGGGGGGAUGAUUUCUGGUGAGAUGUAGAUACAGUUGUUUCUGUUUUAUGUUGUGUUUUAGGUCCUGCUAUAUAGAGAGCAACUCUGUAGUUUCUUUGUUUUUGUGUUCUGAACUGCAUAAGUUUGUUUUUUUCCCUUGCCUAGUGUGUUGUGACUAAACAUAACAUCAAUCUUAAAAGAAAUUUUGACAAUUUUA